AUGAUGGCAGUGAACAGCCCGAGUGGGUAUCCCCCACUUUCUCCAAAGCCACUAACUCCAAAAAGUCCUCGGCACUUUGUUUUUCCACAAAAGAGUCCUUCAAUAACCUCUAGUACGUCAUCCUCGGGGUAUUACACGCCUCAGUCAGGUUGCAGUUACGAUAAGCACGGUCCACCUAAAAGUCCUCUUGCUCAUGGUCACCACAGUCCUGCCAGCCCCCGGCAUUUUCACAUUCCACAAGUUGCUGAAUCACCAUCACGUACAAGCCCAAGCAAUUUCGAGCGUCCCCACCAUGGUCUUCAUUACACCACAUCUCUGAAGCACAGCCGGCGAGAAAAGUCCAGAUCCCCGAAGCCACCCCCCGUGCAUAUUCACACAAAUCCGGGUUAUGUAUCCCCGAACCGAACAAGGAAGUUAUUUAGCUCUACUUCCACAGUAAGCUCACCGCGAAUGGUGACUUCACCGAGUAUAAUAUCAAGUCACACUGAUGAUUCAACGGACGCUAUGCCGGGAACGCCUUCAGCGAUUGUCAAUGAUGCUGAUGAUGAAGCUACGGAGACUUCUUCUCGCAUUUGCCGCAAGUCUACUUCGGAUUUGACCGAUUUAACUGACGAUACCCCUCAAACUCGGUCUACGAGCAUCAGUAGACCAUGUUCACCAAUGCGAAGAGGCUCAAUGAAAGGCGGUUUAGCGUAUUUGGCCAGCAGACGCGGUUCAAGAGAAUCAACAAUAUCAAAUUGUGAUUCAGUAGAAGAUAUUGGCCCACUUAAUUUUCAAAACACUAUGCGCGGUCGACAGCGCCGGACUUCAAACUUUUUGGAAUUACCAGUGGUCGAACAUUCAAGACCUCGUGUAUGUUCUCUACCGGAGAAGCCUUACAACCCUCGCUUAUCAGAUGACCUGUAUAGACUUCGUACAUUCUCCAUCACAAACAAAGGGGGCGUUGUCAACUGUGGGGACUCAAUCUGCAACAGACGCAGUCGAUCUAAUACAUCUGUAAAUUCUACUAAUAGCCGUGCAUCAGACAGAUCACCAUUCGAUGGCUCAUGCUGUUCAGGAUACCGGCCUGUGGACUCCGCCAGCCUUGAUACACCUGAUGAAGAUGACCUUGAUCCGAUACCAAAGUAUCGCGUUGUGUUGCUUGGUGACGCGGGUGUUGGUAAGACUGCUUUAGUCUCACAAUUUAUGACCUCAGAAUACAUGAACACCUACGACGCUAGUCUUGCUAAACGUGAUGAUGAAUUUGGUGAAAAGUCGGUGUCUGUGCUAUUGGAUGGAGAGGAAUCGGAACUUAUAUUCAUUGAUCAUCCCAGCACAGAAAUGUCGGUUGAAAAUUGCUUAUCAACGUACGAGCCGCAUGCAUGCGUCGUGGUUUACUCCGUAGUAGCCAAGAGCUCAUUCAUAAGAGCUGGAGAACUAUUAUCAUAUCUUGCCAGAGAACAGUUCACUGUUGAUAGAACAGCUGUUCUGGUUGGAAAUAAGGCGGACCUGGCUAGAGCUAGACAAGUAUCUACCAACGAGGGUAAGGCACUGGCCACAUCCAAGGACAGCAAAUUUAUAGAAACUUCGUCUGGAAUACAACACAAUGUCGAUGAACUACUGGUUGGUAUCCUGAAACAAAUACGCUUAAAGGAAAGUCGGGACAAAAAGCAAGCGAAGAAGAACAAUAAGCAGGAAUCCAAACCAUCUAAGCUGGCGAGCUCACGAACCCACAUUUCUCUCAGCAUCGCGCGGGAAUUACUACAGAAGAUCUGCAUAAACGACAUAUCGAAGUCAAAAUCUUGUGAAAAUCUGCACGUUUUGUAA